CCCCCACCCAGUGUUGCCAAUUUAGCGACUUUGUCGCUAUAUUUAGCGAGUUUUCAGACCCCUUAGUGACGUGAAAAGACGUGAAAGCGCGUAAAGUCGGAUUCCAGUUUUUUUUCCUCUCGGAAUUUUAAUUUGAAACCUCGCAAACGUCGGAGCAGCUUCACAAUCCCAGAGUUAACCAUUCAGAACACUGAUAGCUUUUCAGCAUGAACGCCCACACUAAACGAAGAGCAACGUUUAAGCUAACUUUCACUACAGAAUUUUAAAGGGUUACUGUUAUUUAAAAAAUAAUUGCUUCACCCGCUAUAUAAGGCAGAAUGUUAGCCUGUGAUAUCAUGGUUUCUGUGUUCCUCGUAUUUGCAUGUCGCGCUGCCUCCGUGGUUUCUGCGGUGUCUUGUCACACAAAGGAGUAUGCAACAAGGGAUGGGCAGUGCUGCCCGAUGUGCCAAGAAGGUACAGUUGUUCAGAGAGACUGCACAGCAUAUUCAGGAACUCGGUGCCGUUCCUGUGACCUGGGGACUUUCAUGAACCAACUCAAUGGUCUGUCUAACUGUUUCCCCUGCACUACCUGUGAUACAGGUCAUGGUCUCUUUGUCAAGCGGAACUGUACAGCAAAAACUGACACAGUGUGUGACGUUUUAAAUGGAUAUUACUGCAAACGUUUGAUUGACAGUAAUGGAUGUAGUUUGGCAGAGAAACAUUCACAGUGUGAAGCUGGUCAGAGGAUAAAAGAAUCUGGAACCAGCAGAAGUGACACAGUGUGUGAAGACUGUCAGCCAGGCUUCUUUUCCAAAGACGGUGUGAAGUGCACUGCUUGGAAAACGUAGGUCAUAAUUUAUAACAAAAUCACUCUAAGUUUAUUUUAUUUUCAGUUAUUGAUCAUCAAUUUCUUAAUGGAAUCUCUCAUAUACUUCGCACUAGGGCUGUGCCACAUCAUAUCAUCUGCAAUAAUAUCGGUAUUACACUAUACACCGUGUGUCGCUAUAGCAAGAAUAUGUGUUUGUAUCCUAGUGUUUAUGACAAGGAGUCAAAACCAUGCAUGUCUGAAUGUAAGAGCAGUGUGCAACUAAAAAUGGAGCUACUUCAGCAGCUUCCAGUGAACACAGGACGAAAACAUGCAGGAAAACUGUUUGGAAAAAAGUGAAAACAACAAACUGGUAGAAGAGGGUAAAAACACACCUUUGAGUAGAACGAGACACAUGGGACAUGAGCAGUCACUAGCUGCACUCGCUAGUUAUCCUCUAUAUAACAGGAGGAGCAAACAGUGGAUGGAAAUUAGUGAUGCAGUUACAUGAUGGAAAAGCAGGACUUUAAGCAUACACUUUAAGCAUAGACUGACCAAGGCAUAAAAUAUUUUUUACGUUUAUAUUUUUUAAUAUUAAUAUAUGACAAUAUUGUGCAACUCCUAACAUUUUACAAGAGUAAGGUCAUUUAGUUAUUGUCAAACUCAAGUUUUAAAAUUUAUUUUAUACUUUGACUUGAAAAUUCCAGGGAAAAUAGAAUAGAAUAGA